AUGGCGGACUUUUCAGCUGAGUUGAGGCCAGCGGAUCCUCAGGGUCCAGAUAUCCUGAACCAAGAACGCGCCAAUUCCAAUAUUGAUGCAUCCCAACUCGCUCGCCAUCUGCUGCACCGUAAUGACUUCUUGGAAAGACAACGUAGGGUUCUAAGUGUCAUUGAGCAUCUACCGGUCUUUUCCAAGAGAAAUCAGCUCAAUAUAGCACGACCAGAGAGAUAUCAACUUGGACUCGCACGAUCUAAAGAACUUCGACGACUAACCUUGAAACAUGGCUGGGAUCUGGAAGAUUUCAAGAUGGCCGAAUACCUUGUUGGUGAAGUCGGUCCCUAUGCGCUCCACACCGUCAUGUUCUCUACGUCUAUCACAGAGCAGUGUAACGAAGAGCAGAUGAGAUACUGGCGCCCGAAGGUCGACAGCUGGGAAGUUAUUGGUGCCUAUAGCCAGACAGAGCUUGGUCAUGGGAGUAAUGUUAGAGGCAUCGAGACCGAGGCAAGAUGGAACUCUGACACUCGAGACUUUACCAUCCACAGCCCGACCCUGACCGCUGCAAAAUGGUGGAAUGGAUCGCUUGGUCGCACUGCCAACCAUGCCAUCAUCAUCGCCCAGCUCAUGCUGCCCAAAAAUGGAAAGUUGGUAUCCUUUGGCCCCCAUCAGUUCGUGGCUCAAAUACGAGAUAUGAAGACAAACAAGCCUCUGGAAGGACUCGUCAUUGGCGAUAUCGGCACAAAGCUGGGCUACGCUGCAAUGGACAAUGGAUAUAUGCUUUUCAAGAACUUCCGGGUACCACGGUCCGCUCUGUUGGCACGUUAUACUGGCGUUGAUGAGAAUGGAAACUAUAUCAAGCCCAAAAACCAGGCUUUGGUAUACGGAAGUAUGACUUUCGUCAGAGCAAACAUCAUCAUGUCUGCACGCCUAACCCUCGCACGUGCAUGUACUGUCGCAGUGCGCUACCUCUCCAUUCGCCGCCAGUUCUCCGAUCGAGACGUGAACGGUCCAGAGUUAUCUGUGUUGAGUUAUCCUACGGUUCAGAUUCGAAUCCUGCCUCUAGUUGCUGCGACCUACGCCUUACACUACACUGGCGAGGCCAUGUACAACCUCUACUGGGCCACCCGCGCAGAUAUUGAGGGUAAAGGUGACACUUCGAGACUCGCAGAGCUUCAUGCUGCAUCGUCUGGUCUCAAGGCAGCUUGCACAUUACUCGUGGCAGAUGGAAGUGAAACAUGCCGAAGAGCCAUGGGAGGCCAUGGAUUCGGUGGUGGCAGUGGCUUGAUUCCUCUGGUUACAGAUCAUCUUGACAAACCCACUGUCGAGGGAGACAGCUGGAUGAUAUCACAACAAACCGCCGCCUAUCUCAUUAAACGCAUGACUGAGACGCAGAAAGGAUCUUUGGUUGAACCCAUCGAUCACCAAUUCAAGGCCUUCUUGCAGGACAAGUCAGCCAAACGUUUCGACAUUUAUGGAAACGAUGAAGAUAUUGUCAAAGCAUUCAAGAACCGGGUGUCAUGGCUCGCGUUGAAGGCUUACGAAAACCGAGUGGAAAAGCAACAAAGCUGGACCAGUAUGAUGGUGGAACUUCACAACCUUGCAAUUGCCCACUCCGAGUCUCUGCUGGUGGAGAACUUUUACAAUGCUGUCGUUGUUGGUGUUCCUACCCCCUCGGUCGACCCGUCGACGGUUGAGGUCUUGAAGAAUUUGUUCAGAUUAUUUGCCCUUCACCUGAUCGAUGCCAAGAGUCGCGAAUUCCUCUUCUCUCAAGCCCUCGACUUACAACAGCUACAGUCCAUCACCACUGCGAUCCAAAGGCUCCUAGGAGAAAUUCGUCCUCAUGCUGUCCGGCUUAUGGAUGCAUGGGCAAUUCCUGAUUAUGCGCUUGACAGCGCGUUGGGUCGGGAGGAUGGAGAUGUGUACAAUGCCUUGUGGCAGAAGGCACAUCUCGAGAAUCCAUUGAACAUGGAGGUGUUCAAUCCCGAUUUCAAGACCCCUGAAAUCAUUAUGGGUGAAGGAGCUGAGCAAGCCCAGGCUCGAAUUGAAAAACUUGCAUUGGGUACCUACGGCCAUGAGCAGCGUAAGGGUGAGGCUAGGGCCAAACUGUGA